CCAAUCUUCUCAGAAUCUCAACUCAAGAAAGGGGCUUUUCUCUCUGCAGUCCUCUCCCGACUGAACUGGAAAAUCAGAGUCGAGAAGAAGGAAGAAGAAGAAGAAGAUGACGGAGGCGGUGAUAAGGAACAAGCCCGGGAUGGCCAGCGUGAAGGACAUGCCGAUCCUCCAGGAUGGCCCGCCGCCGGGCGGCUUUCCGCCGGUUCGAUUCGCCCGGCGGAUCCCUAACAAGGGUCCCAGCGCCGUCGCCAUUUUCCUCACCGCUUUCGGGGCUUUCUCUUGGGGCAUGUACCAGGUCGGAAAGGGCAACAAGAUCCGAAGAGAGCUUAAGGAAGAGAAGUAUGCUGCACGCAGAGCUGUACUACCCUUCCUUCAAGCUGAAGAGGAUGAAAGAUUUGUCAAAGAGUGGAAGAAGUUUCUUGAAGAAGAGGCUAGAAUAAUGAAGGAUGUGCCCGGUUGGAAAGUCGGCGAAAGCGUCUACCACUCUGGAAGAUGGAUGCCACCAGCAACCGGCGAGCUCCGCCCCGAGGUCUGGUAAGGUGGCGGCACUUUGACCACACCCGCUGCAUUGUCAGCGGUCAAAAGCUUUGGAACAACAUCUUGGCUUCUAAACAUUGUCCUCCUUCGAGUUGAAUAAAAAUGUAUCCCAUCAUAUGAUAUGACUAUGGUCUUGUCCACACCAUUGUUCACUUUCCUUGUUGAUUUGAAGUUCUGGACUCUUGAAAUCCUGUAUCUGCCAUACUUCAUAUUCAGAUGUUGGUGGUGAGUCAUCUUUGUUUC